AUGUGGAAAAAUAAAGAUUCUGUCAUCAAUGCAUACGAGACUACGUCGAUCAGCCCAGCCCGUAAACGAAUGCGUCAUGCCAGUAAUAGAGACAUUGAAAUGGCGCUGUUUGAGUGGUUUAAGACUGUACGAUCCCAAAAUGUGCCUAUUGAUGGACCUAUGCUUGCACGAAAGGCUAAUUCUCUGGCAUGUGAGCUGGGCAUGGAAAAUUUUCAGGCAACAAACGGAUUUAUUGAAAGAUUCAAAAAUCGUCAUGGCAUAUCGAGCAAAACAUUAUCCGGUGAAGGUGCUUCCGUCGAUAAUUCACAAACUGAAAAUUGGAUGCAGUCAAAACUUCCAAGUUUGAUCAAGGACUAUGAACCAAAAAAUGUCUACAAUAUCGAUGAAACUGGCGUUUUUUAUAAAAUGACCCCAAAUAAAACACUAGAGGUAAAAGGAACAAAAUGUUUUGGAGGCAAACAAAGCAAGGACAGAAUCACAGUGCUUAUCGGCGCAAAUAUGGACGGUUCUGAUAAACUUAAACUUUUGAUAAUCGGAAAAUUCAAAAAUCCUAGAUGUUUUAAAAAUGUUAAAAGUUUGCCGGUAGAUUACGAAGCUAAUCGUCGUGCUUGGAUGAACUCAGAAAUAUUUAUCAGUUGGGUGAAAAAACUUGACAAACGUAUGACACGUGAGAAAAGAUCUAUUCUAUUGUUUGUUGAUAAUUGCCCGGCCCAUCCGAAAAUCGAGGGAUUAAAAGCUGUAAAACUGUUGUUUUUCCCACCUAACACUACAUCUAAGUUACAGCCCUGUGAUCAAGGGAUUAUCUUUUCAUUCAAAAGGCAUUACAGGUCACGUGUCCUUGACCAUAUUAUUUCAUGUCUAGACAAACAUAUCGAUAAACAGAUUAACAUUCUAAAAGCCAUACAAUGGUUUUAUGCGGCAUGGAAAGAUGUAACACCGACGUGUAUCCAGAAUUGUUUUAGAAAGGCUGGAUUUAUGAAUCAAGCACAGCAUGAAAUUAAUGCGACCCCGCAGGGGCAUGUUUCCGAUUCGUCUGACACAGACGAGUUCGAGGACGAUGACAUUCCGCUGGCUGAAUUGGCAUCGAAAUGGAAUCGCCUUAGAGUAUUCAGUGACAUAGACAAAAACAUUUCUUUUGAUGAUUACAUAAAUGCCGAUGAGAAUGUUGUCUCUGUUGAGCAGAAGUCCGAUAGCGAUAUAAUAGCGGAGGUACAGCAAAAAUUGAAACCCGCUGAAACCCUGUCGCAGAGUGACGAAGAGAGUGUCUCUGAGACUGUUGAUGACCCCCCACCCACCAUGAAUGAGUUUCUUAAUGCUAUAGACACUUGCAGACGCUUUGUUCUUUCUAAGUCUGAUUCGUGUGAUUCUGUUUUCGGAUGUUUACAUGAACUUGAGAAAUUUUCAGUUGAAAUAGGGAAAGCCAAAAAGCAGACAAAAUUAACUGAUUUUUUCCGACAGUGA